AUGUCUGCCUUUGGUCGCAUCACCACUCGCGGUGCGGAAGCUGGUAUGCGCGACAAUCUUGAUCGGUACAACCGCCUUGAUGUUCUUGGCGAGGGCACCUACGGGGUUGUUUACCGCGCAGUCGACAAAAUUACCGGCCAGUACGUCGCCUUGAAGAAGGUUCGACUGGAUCGGACGGAGGAGGGUAUCCCGCAGACUGCUCUCCGCGAGGUAUCCAUAUUGCAGGAGUUUGAUCACCCAAACAUCGUGAAUCUGCUGGACGUUAUUUGCGCUGACGGGAAGCUGUACCUCGUUUUCGAGUACCUGGAGGAAGACCUGAAGAAGGCAAUCGAGAAGCAGACUAGCGGGUACUCUGGCAUGGAGCUUAAGCGCUUAGUGUACCAGCUGUUAGAUGCACUGUAUUUCUGCCACCGCCACCGUAUUGUUCAUCGCGACCUCAAGCCCGCGAACAUCUUGCUGAACUCUGGAAAUGUGCUGAAACUCGCUGAUUUCGGCCUCGCACGCGCAUUCCAGGUGCCUAUGCACACAUAUACCCACGAGGUUGUCACGCUGUGGUACCGCGCCCCUGAAAUCCUUCUUGGGGAAAAACACUAUACCCCUGCCGUGGACAUGUGGAGUGUUGGCUGCAUUUUUGCCGAACUGGCUCGCCGCAAGGUUUUGUUCCGCGGUGAUAGCGAGAUUGGCCAGCUCUUUGAGAUCUUCCAGGUUCUUGGUACACCGGCGGAUGCAGAUGGCUCGUGGCCGGGUGUUUCGCGUUUGCCCGACUACCGUGACGUCUUUCCGAAGUGGCCCGCAAAACGUCUCGGCCAGAUUCUUCCCGAGUUGACUCCAGACGCCAUCGAUCUUCUGUCUCGGAUGCUCAAGUACGAUCCGGCGGAGCGUAUUUCUGCAAAGGAAGCGCUUCAGCACCCGUGGUUUAACGAUCUCCGUUGGUAA